GUCGCCUCGCGCCCAGCUCAGAAUAGAGGCGAAAAAUCCAGCGAAAGCCAGACAGAGGGCUUCCUGACCUGAAACAUUGUGUACACCAAGUUGUUUCCGAGCGCUCCGCAGACAGAGGAGGGGGAUUUUCCUUUUGCGCAACUGCUCUUUUUUUUUUUUCUUUUUGCAGUGACUGGGCGAGUGAAGUUGUGCUUCAUUUUUAGAGUUUACACAGGGAGAGCUGCAGCACAGCACGUCGCCACACGCAGGGAGGAGCGGAGAAGAGGGCAGAAGUUUCCGCUGGCUUGUUUUGUCACCGCGGGGCUGCUGGUGGUCAAUCCGCAGGAAUGUCGCACAAGGAGAGACCCGUUUUUUACCGACAGGAGCUCAACAAAACCGUGUGGGAAGUCCCGCAGCGCUACCAGAACCUGUCUCCGGUCGGCUCCGGUGCUUACGGAUCCGUGUGCUCGGCGUUCGACGAGAAGACGGGCCUCAAGGUGGCGGUGAAGAAGCUGUCCAGACCUUUCCAGUCCAUCAUCCACGCAAAGAGAACGUACAGAGAGCUGCGGCUGCUCAAACACAUGAAGCACGAGAACGUAAUUGGACUCUUAGAUGUUUUCACGCCUGCAACCAGCUUAGAGGAGUUCAACGAUGUAUAUCUGGUGACGCACCUUAUGGGAGCAGAUCUAAACAACAUCGUCAAGUGUCAGAAGCUGACAGACGACCACGUCCAGUUUCUCAUUUACCAGAUCCUCAGAGGCUUAAAGUACAUCCACUCAGCAGAUAUAAUCCAUAGAGACUUAAAACCCAGUAACCUGGCUGUUAACGAAGACUGUGAGCUUAAGAUCCUUGACUUUGGCCUGGCGCGGCACACAGACGACGAGAUGACGGGAUAUGUAGCAACGCGGUGGUAUCGAGCCCCAGAGAUCAUGCUCAACUGGAUGCACUACAACAUGACGGUGGAUAUCUGGUCGGUUGGAUGCAUCAUGGCGGAGCUGCUUACAGGACGGACGCUCUUCCCAGGCACAGACCAUAUAAACCAGCUGCAGCAGAUAAUGCGCCUGACGGGGACUCCCCCAGCCUCCCUCAUAAGCAGGAUGCCCAGCCAUGAGGCAAGGAACUACAUUAACUCGCUUCCUCACAUGCCCAAGAGGAACUUCGCUGAUGUGUUCCUUGGCGCCAACCCUCUUGCUGUAGACUUGCUGGAGAAAAUGCUGGUGCUGGACACAGACAAGCGGAUCACGGCGUCGGAAGCGCUGGCGCACCAAUACUUCUCUCAGUACCACGAUCCAGACGACGAGCCCGAAGCGGAGCCCUACGACCAGAGCUUCGAAAGCCGCGACCUGGAAAUCGAGGAGUGGAAGAGCCUAACCUAUGACGAGGUAGUCAGCUUUGAGCCACCACCUUUAGACGAUGAGAUGGAAUCCUGAGUGGGGAAACGCCUUUUCUUCCUUUUUGUUUAGUUAUUUUAUUGUUCUUUUUUAUUUCAAAGGAACACUCUUAAAACUAUCAAUCACAUGUGACCAUCUAUUUGUUUCCUGCUCACAUGCACAACCAUGACAUUCAAGUGCCUGCCAUCAUUUAUAUCUUGGGGACGUUGUGAUAACAUGUUCAUAACUCCCCCUAAUUUGAACCCUCUUCUGAGGCCGACUUUAACUGUUCCUUGUUUCUUCUUUUUUGCUUCCACCAUUUAAUUAUUAGUUUUCAAGUUUUAGUCACCCAGCUGGAAAAAAAGCAUACAUGCCAGUAUCUGAAAACAAUUUCAAGAAAUGUAUUCGAUGAUUCACAUUUACAAAGUUUUACUACUUAGGAGUUAGCACAGUGCAGAAGGCUUUUUUAUUAGUAUUUCUCUCCUUCCGAUAUUAGACAAAAUGUUAUUUCUGUGUAGAUAUUGCAGCAAACAGUAUUUGUACAUAAGUAUUUUAGGCAAAAAUAAUUAUCACAUUAGAAUAUUCAUCGACACUUUAGCCAAUCUCUUCAACAGUAUGGAUUUGAUUACCAGAGUUCAUCCUAAAAUGGCCUAAAUUGAUAUUGUAUGUAAUUUAUACUAUGUAUGUACAGAAUAUGAGGGGAAAUGUAUAAAAUUGACUCAUUUUGACAAGAAAAAAAAAUCUAGGCUUUAUAUUUCUUCUUGGUUUUGUAGACUUGGUCAUUUUUUUUAAAGAAAUUAUCACUUAUGGGAGAACUGCAUAUUCAUCAAAUACAUCUGUUUGUUUUCUCUGCAUCAAUUCAUGAAACUUCUUUAGCUCCAAAAUGAAUGUUUUAGCAGUCAGCAAAGCUCCAGUAUCACAGCAGCAUGAUGAAGACAGGGUUGGCUUCGUAAUUUAUUCAGAUCUGAUGUUUCCUGCGAGAGCAUUAGCUGUCAAUGUAAUUUAAUCAUAUUGCAUUUUAUAAACCAUUAUUGCAUUUAUUGUGUGUGUUGAAUGUUUUUGGGCACCAGUUUGCUCUGUAUUUAUGAUCCUUUUUGUUAAGUUGUUUGUAUAUCAGUGUAAAAGAGAAUGUUAUUUGUCAGAUUUUGGGGUUGUUUUUGUUAUUUAUGGAGAGCCUCUUGUUUCAGUAUCCAAAAGCAUCAUUAAAUAUCUGACUCCCCCCCAUUGGCCUCAGGGACUGCAGUUACAGCUUAUAUAUGUAAGCAGACAGAGAGAGCCAUGUUGUCUAAAAUGUGUUAAUGUUAAUUGGCUGAAAACUGAGUUCUCAGCAUACUGCAGAUAUGAUAGUCCUGUUUACAAAAACGAAGAUGGCAAACAUAUUCAGAGAUGUAGAGCCUUGAAAAUGUGUUCAUACCCCUUUAAUUUUUCCACAUUGUGUUACAACAAGAAACUUUAAGGUAUUGUAAUCAAACUUUAUUUGAUGGACCGACACAUGGCAUUGGAUAAUUAAGAGGCACAAACAAAUUAAUGUUUUUUUGUUUUUCUCCAUAAAUAAAAAUAUAACAUCAGAA